AUGGGGCCUGAGAAGCUCAUUGAGUAUGGGAACAUGCUUCUCUCUAGUAAGCCUGAUGAAAUCCAUGCUGCAUAUAGGACUGAAGAGAAACCCUAUCAAUAUGAGGAGUGUAGAAAUUUUUCCACUGAGAUGCCAGCUCUAGGCAGACAUCAGAGAACUCACAUGGGAGAGAAACAUUAUGAGUGCAAUCAAUGUGGGAAGUCUUUCAGACUGAGGUCAUUUGUCACUUUACAUCAGAGAAUACACACAGGAGAAAAACCUUACAAAUGUGACAAAUGUGGAAAGUCUUUCAGACAGAAUUCAUACCUCACAUUGUAUCAGAGAACACAAACAGGAGAGAAACCUUAUGAAUUAUUCCUUCAGGUUCAUCAGAGAACACACACAGGAGAGAAACCCUAUGAAUGUAAGAAAUGUGCAAAGACCUUCACCCGGAUGUCAACCCUCAAAUCACAUAAGAGAACUCACACUGGUGAAAAACCUUAUGAAUGAAAAAAUGUGGGAAGUCUUUCAGAAAGAAGGCAUACCUCACUUCGCAUCACAGAACACACACAGGAGAGAAACCUUAUGAAUGUAACAAAUGUGGAAAGUUUUUCAGACAGAAGUCCAAACUUCCUUUGCAUCAGAGAAUACACACAGGAGAAAAACCUUACGAAUGCAACAAAUGUGGAAAGGCUUUCACGCAGAGAUCAUACCUCGGCAGGCAUAACAGGAUUCACACAGGUGAGAAACCUUAUGAAUGUGACAAAUGUGGGAAGUU